UGCAGGCCGGCUCCCCCGGGAGCCGGGCUGAGCCCGGUGGCCGUGGGAGGGAAAGGAGCCGGGCGGGGAGGGAGGAGGGGGCCUGGACAUAGCCGGGGGAGAAAAGGGAGGAGCGGGACCGGGGUGGGGGGAGGACGAGCGGCGCCAGGGAAGCGCUGCCAGCAGGAGCAGCGGCAGCGGCGGGAGGGAGGCGCAGCCCGGCGGACCCAGCUCCGCUGCCCGUCGGCGCUCUCCCCGCGGAGGUUGGGGACCUGCUGUGGGGUGAUGGAGGAGCAUGGGUACCCUUCCUAUAGCGCCCGCAGCCCCGCCUGGGAGGAGCUGGAGUCCGGGAAGAUGGCCGGGGCCGAGUCGGGGAUGAGCGGCGCCGGGAUCCCGCUGCAGCCCCAGCCCCAACCCCCGGCGGCGGCGGCGGGGCCGGCGGACGAGUCGUCGGACAGCGAAGGGGAGCACGAGGGCCCCCAGAAACUCAUCCGGAAAGUGUCCACCUCGGGCCAGAUCCGCAGCAAGACAAGUAUAAAAGAAGGAUUACUACUGAAGCAAACCAGCUCUUUUCAGAGGUGGAAAAAGCGCUAUUUCAAACUUCGAGGUCGUACCCUUUACUAUGCUAAGGAUUCAAAGUCUCUAAUAUUUGAUGAAGUUGACCUGUCAGAUGCCAGUGUAGCUGAAUCAAGCACAAAAAAUGUCAACAACAGCUUCACGAUAAUCACUCCAUUUAGGAGGCUAAUAUUGUGUGCUGAGAACAGAAAAGAAAUGGAGGACUGGAUAAGCUCUCUGAAGUCCGUUCAGUCCAGAGAACACUAUGAGACCGCACAGUUUAAUGUGGAACAUUUCUCAGGGAUGCAUAACUGGUACGCCUGCUCCCACGCCCGACCCACCUUCUGUAACGUGUGCAGAGAGAGCCUCUCUGGAGUCACUUCUCACGGCCUGUCCUGUGAAGUGUGUAAGUUUAAAGCACAUAAAAGAUGUGCUGUCCGAGCAACAAAUAACUGCAAAUGGACCACAUUAGCCUCCAUUGGAAAAGACAUCAUUGAAGAUGAAGAUGGUAUAGCGAUGCCUCACCAGUGGUUAGAGGGAAACCUGCCCGUCAGUGCCAAGUGCGCAGUCUGCGACAAGACUUGUGGCAGUGUUCUACGCCUGCAGGAUUGGAAGUGCCUUUGGUGUAAAGCUAUGGUUCACACAGCCUGUAAAGAUCUGUACCCUCGUAAAUGUCCACUUGGCCAAUGUAAGGUAUCGAUCAUCCCUCCAACAGCACUAAACAGUAUAGACUCCGAUGGUUUCUGGAAAGCCACAUGCCCGCCAUCCUGUGCCAGUCCUCUUUUAGUUUUUGUUAACUCAAAGAGUGGAGACAAUCAGGGAGUAAAGUUUCUUCGUCGAUUCAAACAGUCGUUAAAUCCAGCUCAGGUCUUCGAUUUAAUGAAUGGAGGACCUCACUUAGGUUUGCGGUUAUUUCAGAAGUUUGACAACUUCAGGAUUCUUGUGUGUGGUGGCGAUGGAAGUGUUGGUUGGGUCUUGUCAGAAAUUGAUAAGCUCAGCUUGCACAAGCAGUGUCAGUUAGGAGUGUUACCCCUUGGUACUGGAAAUGACCUUGCUCGUGUCCUUGGCUGGGGUGGAUCCUGUGAUGAUGAUACACAACUUCCUCAGAUUUUGGAAAAACUAGAACGAGCCAGCACGAAAAUGCUAGACAGGUGGAGUAUAAUGUCAUAUGAACUGAAAUUACCAGCAAAACCUUCUAUUCUUCCUGUGACUGCAGAAGAGUCAGAGGAGUGCCAGAUAUCUGCUUAUGAGGAUUCAGUUGCUGCUCAUCUUGCAAAAAUUCUCAAUUCUGAUCAGCAUUCAGUUGUCAUAUCAUCUGCCAAAAUAUUAUGUGAAACUGUAAAGGACUUUGUUGCCAAAAUAGGGAAGACUUACGAAAAACCAAUGGAAAAUGCAGAGGAAGCUGAUGCCAUGGCCAUUAAAUGCUCAGAGUUAAAUGAAAAGCUGGACCUAUUGCUCCAGGCUCUUCACACAGAAGCCCAGGCUGCUCCCAUUCUCCCAGGCAUUGCUUCCCCCAUUGUGGAAGAAGAGCCAGAGGAGUUCUCAAGUGAAGAAUCCCUGUCUGAAAGUAAAGAACAAUUAGCAGAGUGUGUCUCAAAGUCUUCCCAGAAGCUCUUCAAACCAAGGCAACAGUUAAUGCUCCGAGCAAACAGCUUGAAGAAGGCUGUGAGGCAGAUCAUUGAACAAGCAGAAAAAGUUGUGGAUGAGCAGAAUGCUCAUAGUGAAGAACAAGUGAACCAGUCUCCAGUAGAAUACAGCAAAGAAUUGGAUGAAUCCAAAGAAGAGGAAAAAGAGGAAGAUACAAAGGAACUUGAGUCUCCAUCAACUAAAACUGCACCAAGAUCUCCUGAUAGACGCACAAGCCGAGGUAUCCAUUCUCAGACAGGUUCCUUCUCUGCUCCAGCUUUGGCAGCAAGCAAGGAAAACCUCCCAGUACUUAACACGAGAAUUAUCUGUCCAGGUUUAAGGGCUGGUCUAGCUGCUUCCAUUGCAGGAAGUUCAAUUAUUAGCAAAAUGUUGCUAGCAAACAUCGAUCCAUUUGGUGCUACGCCGUUUAUUGACCCGGAUCCAGAUUCCUUGGAGGGAUAUUCAGAAAAAUGUGUCAUGAACAACUACUUUGGAAUUGGAUUAGAUGCAAAAAUUUCACUAGAAUUUAAUAACAAGCGAGAAGAGCACCCUGAAAAAUGCAGAAGUCGGACGAAAAACAUGAUGUGGUAUGGAGUUCUUGGCACAAAAGAGCUAUUGCAGAGAACUUACAAGAACUUAGAACAAAAAGUUCAACUUGAGUGUGACGGACAGUACAUCCCCCUUCCAAGCCUGCAGGGCAUAGCUGUGCUAAACAUUCCCAGCUAUGCCGGUGGGACUAAUUUCUGGGGUGGAACCAAAGAAGAUGAUAUAUUUGGAGCUCCAUCUUUUGACGAUAAAAUCUUGGAGGUUGUUGCUGUAUUUGGAAGCAUGCAGAUGGCAGUGUCCAGAGUCAUCAAACUGCAGCACCACAGGAUAGCUCAGUGUCGGUCAGUAAAGAUCACCAUACUUGGUGAUGAAGGGGUUCCAGUGCAAGUCGAUGGAGAGGCAUGGAUCCAGCCCCCGGGAGUUAUUAAGAUCAUACAUAAAAACAGAGCUCAGAUGCUAACACGAGACAGAGCCUUUGAAAACACCCUGAAGUCUUGGGAGGACAAACAGAAGUAUGACUCCUGCAAACCUGUCAUUCGAUCCCCCUUGUACCCUCAGCAAGCUGUUGAGUUGGCUUCAGAUGAAGAAGUUGCACAGAUCCAGUUGUGCUCACAAGCUGCAGAAGAACUUAUUACCAGGAUCUGUGAAGCAGCAAAAGUACAUGGCCUCUUGGAGCAGGAGCUUGCUCAUGCUGUUAAUGCAUGUUCACAUGCAUUAAAUAAAGCCAACCCAAGGUUUCCUGAGAGCCUUACCAGAAACACUGCCAUGGAGAUAGCUGUCAAUGUGAAGGCCUUACACAAUGAAACAGAAUCUCUGCUAGUAGGAAGAGUUCCUUUGCAGUUAGAAGCUCCCCAUGAAGAACUGUUGUCUGAUGCUUUGCACAGUGUGGAAAUAGAGUUGAGAAAACUUGCUGAGAUUCCUUGGCUUUAUUAUGUUUUUCAACCAAAUGAUGAUGAGGAUCCCCCUCUGGAUUAUGCUAAAAGAAACAAUAGAAGUACAGUGUUUCGUAUAGUGCCAAAGUUUAAAAAAGAAAAAAUUCAGAAGCAUAAGACCAGCCCUCAGCCUGUUCAAAAAUGGGGCACAGAUGAAGUUGCUGCUUGGCUGGAUCUGCUCAGUUUGGGAGAGUACAAAGAAAUCUUCAUCAGCCAUGACAUCCGAGGCUCUGAGCUUUUACAUCUGGAAAGGCGAGAUCUUAAGGACCUGGGGAUAACGAAAGUGGGUCAUAUGAAGCGAAUUCUCCAGGGAAUUAAAGAGCUCAGCAAGAACACCCCUUUGUCUGAAGUGUAAUUAUGCUGGUGCUUUUCUUAAAGAGAGAAGAGAAAGUUGCUGGAGAAGCAAAGCUGUUGCAGGCACUUGGCUGUCCUUGUAGUUUAUGGAAGAAUAAGCACUGGUGUUUGUACAGGCUAGCAUCUCUGAAUUCUUGUGUGGUGAAGAACUUGCAGCAAGAGUACAAAAGGAUUUGUGCCAAAACAAAAAGGAAAAGGUGAUAUGUUCUGCGAAGAUGUUUUCUUGGUGUGCAAAUUGGCCAGUUCGGAUAAGCCCAGUUUGGUAAAUUGAUGGUGAAAUGCACUGACUGGAAAAUAUAAUCAAGGAAUGACUGCUUUGCUUACAUGCAGCUCAGUAUGCCUCUCUUUAUGCUGCAGCAAGAUGCCACUGUACAGCAUGAGGUCAUCUGGUUUUCCUUCCGAGGCGUAGCUCUGUAAAACCUCCUGUGCAGGAGACCAGGAGGUUUGGAAGGUUCAACACGUGAGCCUGGCAGUGCCGCAGGUAUCCAGCACUCGCUGGCCAUGCAGAAGAGGGGAGAGAUACCUCGUGAUACCAUGAAUGCAAACUAUAAUGCAUGGUGUGCCUGCCUGAAUUGUCUGUUGUUCUGUUGCAUGACACAUCUGAUACUUUAAACACUUGAACAACUUUUUUAUCGGUUUGAAUGAGAUUUAAUUUAUUGCUACUUGAGUGUCUUUUUUUUUUCCCUCCAAUUUCAGGCACUUUUCUAUUCUUCAGUGUUGUGUUAUGCCUAAAAUGUGUUCUACGGCAAAGGGUGUGUGGGUGUGGAAACUUAGCAUUUGUGCCAUAUUCAGCAGAUUAUAUAUGAUUGAAACACUGUACAGUUAGAUUUUUAAAUAUAUCAUGUACAGAAGGUUUAUCAGGUAACUAACUUAUGAGAAUUUUUGAAAGACCGGUACCUCACAAAAAUAUCAAUUGGCUUCCUGCAUGGAAAAUGGUAAAGAAUUUUCUCUGGUGCAUUUUAAUGUAGUUAUUCAGUUAUCUUAAACAUUUGUAGCAUAUUUGAACUUGUAGGCACUAAUGGUUUUAUUUAUUCUAUUGUUCAAAAACAGGUUUAAAUAUUAAUGAAAUUUUCUUGAAAAUUUAAUUUUAUUUAUCAUACAUAAGAAGAUAUUUAAAAUGUAGCAGCUGAUUUGAUUUUUGUGGGGUAGACUUUUACUUGUUGCUAAUUAACUAUUAAUUUAAAAAUGCAUCUAUGUGCAUUUCUUUAAAAAGGUAUCAAUUUGUUUCUUGACAGCACUCCACCAUCAGCAGACCAUAAAAAUAAAAAAAACCAGAUUAUAAGGUUUUAGGCUAUGCAUGCUAAGAUGAAUCAUGCAAGAGAGUAAUCCAUGAGUGUAAACAGGUUAAAAAAAUUAAAACCAUCGUUGUUUAGAUAUUGCUCUAGACCAGUGUUUGUAAGGUUAUUUACACUUUACUUAAAUGAAACAGGUUCAUAAUCUUAUUUCCUGGUUAACUUUUCACAAAAGUAUUAAUAUAGCUGGAAAAUAAAUUUAGAUAUCUACAAAAAAAAUUCUACCUAAAUGUCUGAGAUUAGAUGACUUUGCACCACCUGCCAGAAAACUUGCACAGAAUUGCUCUCUCCUUGCUGUUUCUAGCAAUUGUGGCAUUACAGCACGAGGAACACUUGACUUUCACCUAAUCAAGUAGCUUUGAUGUUUCUUGCAUGUUAAAGAGUAUCUUAACAUCUAUUUAUGUUUCACUCAUGGGCAGAAGAGUAAAGUUUCAUUUGUUUUUACCAAAACGUAUUUUCUUGUAUAAAGGGGCCAAUGUCAAGUACUGCAUCCUGGUUUUGCCCUCCAUUUCUCAUGCAUAUGACCAGAGUUGAUCCAUGGCAAGUAGAUGGGACUCAUCCCUUGGAAAGUAAAAUCUAUUAUACUCAUCGUUUUAUUGGAGAAAAAAGAAAAAAUAAUCAAAAUAGGCUUAAUUUUUAUCUUAUUGUAGUUCUUUGUGUUCUUGCUGCUGUAGGUUCAACAGGCACCACUCUGGGAGUUCUGUGUACAUAAUGAUUAUUCUGGUAAACAAAAGUAAAAGUAAAAGGCUAUAUUCUGUUAGGUUUUGCAUGAAGAACAAACCAAAAUGCAUUUGCCAAAUGAUAUGACUUUCAGGCUGUUGUAUGAAAAGCAUAUGAAAAAAAUGGAAAGUUAGGCAAACAAUGGAAAGCUUGUUGGUUUUGGUUUUAUUUUAAUGUACUUGACAUUCACCCCUUUAGUGACGUUCAGGUGACAUCUGCCAAGUCUUUGUAAGCAUUAUUUCCUUUUCUCUUUUGUUUCUCAAUAAGCUACACUGCAUUUUAACAUGUGGCAGCAUCUUAGCAUAUUGACAUACAGUAGACAACAUAGCUAAUCUUCUGGUCUAUUCAAGGACAUAAUACAUAGCAGAACUUUCUUUGCUUUCCCGAUUGUAAGAUACAAUCUCUUUACAACUUUCAGCCUUGCUGUAUGUAAUGCAUUAAGAUGGGCUAUGGCACCAGGUCUCUUCAAGUCACUGUAGAGGUCUACACUGAGUGUAUUGAAAAAUGGGAGCUGCUUUUGGGCAGGGAAAAAUGGGAAAAUUUUGUUUGUAACACAGCUUUCUUAUGGCACUCCUCAAAUUACCUCAGUAUAGGACAACUGAUCAAUGUUCAUUUUUCUAAAUGACCACCAAAGAAUUUAACUUUGAUUCUCCUAAGCAGUUUUUUUAAACAUGUGAAUAGAAAAAAACAAAACUGUAAGUAUCAUUUAUGCUGUAUUUAUUAGAUGCCCAGGAGAGCAAAUUUUAUGCAACUCUAUGCCUUAGACUAGUGUUGUCUAUGAAAUGCAAAUACAUCUGACAAGGAGGCUCAAAAUAUUUUUACAGGGGUUCUCCCUGGAGGUCAUGGGUUGUAGCUGUGUUUAAGUGAUGUGGCUUUUUCGAAGACCUGAACACAGUUUUACUCUCUCAUGGUUACUCUUAAGUACUGGGUUUUUUCCUUACUGCUGUAAAAGUCCCAGCUCCUAGAACUAAGUACAUUUUUUUAAAACAAUCUGUGUUCUCCCUAAUUUAAUCCUGCUGUAAAAAAGGGCUUCAAAGCACACAUCCCAAUAUCUUAACAAAACCAAGGUAAACACAUCCCUAAAAGUACUUAGCUUUUUAGAAAACAAGAUCCUGUGGAGCCUGAUUCAGCAUGCUAGAUUUAUCAAGCAAACUAUACAAACUUUACUGGAUUAAAUUUUUCCUCCCCAGUCAAAUACAUGCGAUUUCUGUGGUCAGUAUACAUUAAAUCCUGAAGGGAGUGCAGAGUAAUCUGCAUUUUUUUGUAGUGGCUGGUAUUCGUGUAGUUGAAAAGCUCUCCACCUCAGAGAGAGGAACACAAGAGGUGCAUGUUUUAAAAUUGCAGCACGUUGCUAAAUAUAAGUUGCUGUUUUGUCAUUUUCAAAUAGGAUUUUCUCAGUUCACUGAUUUGAUUGCUGUAGCAACCUCUCAUUUGGGUCAUGCAAGUUUUGUCUUUAUAAAGCCUCAUGACUUCUUUUUGGAAACUGAAUGAAAUCAAGACAACUCAUGGUUUUAGGUGUUGGGGAUGUUUUCCAAUACUUCAAAGAAAAGAAGAUUCUGAAAUCAAUUUUUUAUAAGAUGGCGAGGGAAAAUUUUCUUUGAUACAUUUUUAUGUCUCUCCCCUUAAACACUAUUCUUUUCUCCUGAAUGUCUCCUUCUUUCGAAGAAAAAUGCUUUGAACUUAGAAGAACAGUAAAGUGUAAAGCAUAUUAUCAAAAACCCUCCCAGACUAUUUCAUUCCAGUACAUCUUAUUUUGGGACUAGAAUUAAUAUGCUUGGUCCUGUAAAUAAAAAAUAGAAAUCAUCUUUAUCUCUCCAUCCCUGCCCAAAAUAAUUAAUACUGCAAUGCUGCAUCACUGUAAUUCAAAGGAGAGGCAUUGAUUUUUUUUCCUUCAUAAAUGUCAAUUUUAUAUUUUCCCAUGCUUUUUGUAGAGAAAUAGAUAACCUGCCAAUUUUACUUUUUAAUUGAACUUGCUCAUGCUAUUAAUGAAUAUUUCAUAAAGUCUUGAUAAUGAGCAUUACUUCAAGGGUAAAAUUAUGAGUGUUUUUCAGUGCAUGUGGUCUUCAUUUCAGGAAGACUAGCAGGAGACCUUUCCACAUGUAAUGGAAAAUUAAUAUAUAAAGCCAAUAUGAGAGGACGUUCCAUAGUUCUACUUUAAAAACAGAUGUAAUAAUGUACUUGCAAGACAAAACCCCCCAUAGUGAUUCCAUUUUGCUUGAUGCUUCCUGUUAGUGAUUGCAUUAGUAGUGUUUACAGCUAUUUCUGCAGCGCUCUCUGUGUGCCCCUAAAUAUUAAGUUCUUGCCUAUGAGUUCAACAGUUCUGGUAAUUAAUAAUUAGCAGUGCAAGAAGUCUUUGUGGAAGGUAAAGUCACAAGGAAUGUAUCUCAUUGAGGAUAACAGCUGGAGCAAUUUGUUUAUCUUACAACCAGGAAAUCAUCUUGUCACUUGUAUGAGUAAACGAGAGCCACAGAAAAUAAAAUUAAAGAAGUAAUUUUAAAUUUAUUUUUUCACCCCAAUAACUUAAGUACCUCUCAACUGCAGCAUCCUGUAUACAUUUAUAACACAGGCUAUCCUGUAUUUUUUAUUCUGUUUUCAUGUAUGUUUGUGGAUUGUAUGUUUUGUGGUAUGAUUUUUGUAUCAUCAAGGUUUGAUGAUGCUUAUUCUAACUGCGAGGAUGUAAUGUUUGCCAGAACUGUACAUGACUGUGUUGCUGUCUUGAGGAACAAGUUUUUGAUGACUUGAGGAAGCUGAGGAGCUUGGACCGUAUUUAAGCUUUGGACAGGACUUAAAAUAUCUCUGCUUUCUCUUCAGAGAUGAAUAGUAGCAUCAGCAGGAUUGAUAAAGCAUCAUUUGGUAAUUGUCAAUAUAAAUUCUUUACUGGUUGUAUAAAUUUCUGUAUUUAUAUCUAGAGUAUAAUUUGGAAUGGAUCUUUUUUACAAAAAGAAAAAAGAUUUUCUAUUUGUUUUCUACUACUGUUGCAUUAGUAGAAUUUGCAUUUCAUAGCUCUGUUAAGUGUUAGCUUAUGUACUUGAAAUGUUUGUUUCAGCCAUACAGAAGACCAGUGUGUUUCUCAGAAAUUAUAAUUCAUUUGGAAGCCUCUGGAGACCUUUAGAGGACUAUUUCUGUAGCCAGUUGGAGCUAAUACCAAAAUUCAUAGCAGCUUCUGUAGGUUUAAUAGGGAUCAUCCUCAAUACUUUAACUGAAAAAAAUAAUUUUGAAAGGUUUGUGGUUUUUUUCAAUGCAUAGAAUUAAUCUUAAAAUAUCAUCCCCUUGUCAUAUGUAAAUUAAAAAAAAUAUUAGCAUUGUUAACACUUUUGCAAAGAAGCAAAAUGCUGAUGAAUACAUACCCAAGAGUAUUUCUGGACAAAUUUUAAUCAAUUUAGCUGUAGUGGUUAAAGAUCUAUCACCUUCAGAACACUCAGCAGAAAAUUCAUAUGUGCACGUGGUAGAAUUACAAACAUCUGUUUUAAAUAAUUAAAGACUUGUUCCCCAGUUGACAAAAACUUGAUGAACUCUCUGAUGGGAUUUUGAGUUCCUAUAACCUAUUGCUUGUAUUAGUGAGGCAGAAGAAGCUGGUGCCUCAUUUAUGUUUAACACCAGUCAUGCCUUUUUUAAUGUUUUUAUGUUGCUUCCCAGCUCCUGUGUCUGGAUGAGCUCCCAGCUUCUGGCAAGAUGAGACCUUUGCAUGUCUCUCCAUGGUUUCUGUUCAGAAGAGCUGGAUGGGCAGACCAGGAAAAAGUUGUAGGGUCAGGGAGGAAAAGAUACACCAAGACUUCAGGCUCCAAAGCCUAGCCUAGCCAAUUUGAAAUAUUUUAAAUUAUAUUUUUACAGUUCCUUCUGGAAGCUUUAUCUAACAGUUAACACAAGCUACCAGAAUGUCCUUGGAAAGAGAAGUGUUUUGGCUAACUCUACCAGCUGUGUAAGACAUUGCAAGUACUGAAUAUUAUGGUAGCUAUUAGCAGGACAAUAUCCAAAUGGCCAGUAAAUAUUUUAUUCUGUGGAACAAAUACUUUGGAAAAAUAUAGUUUGUAGUAUUAUUCAAAGACUAGUGUUAGACUAGGAUUGAAAAGCUACUGAAUAUAAAUGCAAUUUGGUACAAAAUUUUAAGUAAUUUGCAACUAUCUUUUUCCAAAUUCAUUGGAAACAACUAUUUUAGGGAGCUGUGUUUGAUCCAGGUAGACAAGAAUGUGUGAACUGGAUGGUGGGAACAGGAAGAAAUGAACUAAAAGUAAAAUUGGAUGGUUUGUUUUCAUUAUGGAAACUGUGUGUAAAGCCAAAAAUAAAUUCUCCACAGUGCCCCAAAUCCCUUCUAUGACUUUUUAAAGGGAAUAGCAUUUUAAGUCCCAAAUUGUUUAAACUAAAUCAUUAAUUGGAUAAAAACCAGUUUAAUAACCUGACAGUGUCAUUAACAGGGAAAGAGUUAGAGAUACAACUGUUUUUCUCCUGGUGUUAGUUGAAGUAAGCUCUGUUUGGGACUGAUUCUCUUUGCAGUCGUGGUCAAUUGUUUUGUGAAUGGGGAGAUUGAGGAAAGCCAUUCAAAGCUGCUUGGUCUUGCCUUUCAGGGAUGGGGAGAGCAUGUGUGCUGAACAGUAGGACCCAAAAGCUUUUAAUGAGAAUUUCAAGGAUACAAGAUUUGCUAGUUGGAUACCUUAGGAAGGUUUACAAGGAGGACAAAGGCAUGCAGAUUCUCACUGUGAAGGUUCCUAGUAGCACUCUUCUCACAAGAUGCCAUGUCUAUACAUUGAAACAGGCAUUUGGACAGUGUGCCUAGCCACAUUCCAGAGGAUUUUCUACAGGCAUCUGUCACUUGUGGUGUCUGUACUUUCUGUCUUGGUUUUAUGUCUCCUUAACUUGGGUACCUUGAAAAACACAGUUGUCCAUAUUCGACAAAAAUUACCAUUUUUCCCAUUCAAGGAGCACAGCUUGUGAACCUGUCCUGAAAUAAUUUGUUUCAUUAGCCACCUUUUUACAUCAUAUUCUUUGAAUCCUAAAAGAGCUGAAACUCUUUUAGGCACCUCCCUAGAGCUGCCAGUUACGUCAGGAAUUUGAUAUGCUUGUAUUUCGAUGGGAUCAUCAAAUAGCAAGGUGAUAUUCACAGUGGCGAUGAGACAUGCAAUAGAUGGGAUUUGUACAUAAGGAGUACAAGCUGUUGAGAUGCUCCUGAAGGGUGAAAGGGGCCUGAUCUCUGCCCCUUCCCUCUGGUUCUUCUUUGUUGCUGUCAUCACACACAAAUAAUUUAACAUCAUAUAAUAUUAGCAGCUUCUUCUCUUAAUUCAUGGUGACAUCAAACCUAUCAGUCACUACUAACAAAACUUCUCAGUGUCACUUCUGUCUGUCUAGAGCAGGUAUCUUCAAAUAUUGAGCACUAUGGAAUUGCUUUAAUGUAUUUUUAAUGUAUAUUCUGGCAUUUAAGAAAGGUAAAUUUCAUCCGAAGGUAUUUCAAAAGUUCUGAGAGGAUCCCAGCCCAGCAUGGCUGGUUCCUGUCAUUAGCCAGGCUUGUAACUUAGACUGGUAUUCCAGUACAGCUGUUAGUUAAUUCUGUAGUAACAUCCACUUACAUGCAUGAGUGGAUGCAUGAACUACACAUGGAAGCGUUGCAGAAAUGUGACACUGUCUAGUUCUCUGCAUAACUCAUAUUUUUGGGUCUAAAUGGCAGUUUGCAGCAAAGAGCUAAAACACAUGUUUUCCACUCAAUCCAAACCUAUGUUCAAUUGAAAAUGAAAACAUCUAACAUGGUUUGCAUGGGUUUAGGUAAAAACUAGUGUGUACUCCGUAGUUUCUGCCCUUUGUUUCCUCUUCUUCCUGUUCAUUCCACAAGAAAGUCCGUCAUCUUUGCAAUCAUAUAAAUAUUUUAGGACUUAGGCAUAUGCUGUGCUUUAAACAGUACUUUAGCCCCUUGGAGAUUGUUCUAGUAUUUCAUUUACAGCAUUUACAUUUAAGCCUACAGAUGAUUUUCUUGCAAAGAAAAUGCUCCUCACAUAAGAGAGAUCCUCAAAUUGAUCAUGGGUAGGCUUUUAUGUGCCAUACCUAUGAAUGUCAUUCUCUUGCCAGUAUUUGUGUGGAUGUGUGUAGAUAUGUAGUACCUAGUUCAUAGUGUUUAUGUGAGAGCACACCUGUACAUAGAGAUGUAUAUACAUACCCUGGUUUUGCCCAAUAUAACAAUGCCAACUUGUGUGUAGAGCCAAAAAAACCUUAAAACUAUACAGUGCUUGAGAUGCUGCAUUGUUUUUAUUAUAGUAUUUUUUAUAUCAGAUAAAUUGCAGGAUGUUUACAGAUGCUUAUUAAUAUUUAACUUAUACAAUGGGGUGGAAGGAUGUUUAUGAUUGUUGUCAGCUAAAGAAUUGUAUAUGAUUCUGGGUGAAAUUUUGGCUUUUUUGAAGUCCUUGGCAAAACUCCCAUUGAUCUCUGGGGGCCAAGAUUAAACCCCUCUGAAUCUAUUGUUUACUGGCUAUUUUCCUACUGUGAUAAUUUUUUUUUAAUGAGUGAAAUGUAUUUAUUUUUUCCCAAUGUGAAAUCUGCAGUUUCUAUUUGGAUUUUUCUAUGGAACCUGCAAACUACAACACAGGUGGGAAUAUAUGCCUCAGAGACUGUACAGAAUUUUUCAUUGAUCUGGUCCUUCAAUAUGUCUAAUAUCUUCUAAAAUAACUUUUGUAAGAUUUAAUACAGAAUAAUCUAAAAAAGAGAUCACCUUUCAUGCCUCUCUCCUCUCACAAAGAAGGAAUGCAAUGUGGCAGGUGAAUUUGAAGAAAUAUUCAUUGAUAAAUAAAAAGUAGUCCUGUAUGUUUCUGUACCUACUGAUCUCAUGCAGCUCACCUGUCUCUGCAGAUCUGGUAUGAGACAUUUGAAGUACCUUAUCCAAAAGUACCUUAUUGGGGAAAAAAUGUUAUAUAGUAAGUAUGUGGCUUUAAGCUUCUCAUCAAGACAUGGAAGUAUCUUCAGAGUCAGUGUGUUGAAUGACUUUUUAUAUUCCAUGGAUCAAUUAAAAUUACGAAAAUGUUAAGUGGUAAGGCAAGUCAGACAGCUGCUUGACAUUAGAGAAAUCACUUGUCUAGAGGCAGAAGGAACAGUUCUUUAAUAGCACAAGGAGGAAAUAUACCAUAAAUGCAGCGCUUCCUAAAUCCCUUUCCAGGGUAUCUUUUAAUUACAUAUGCUCAAAGUGUAUUCUUCCUGUAAAAAAACCAUAUGGCUGUGAAACAGCUAAGUAGAUGUAUCCUAAUUUCUUCAUCUAAGGCUAAAAUACCAUUUUCAAAUAAGAGCUGUCGUGCACUUUGAAAUACAUAUGUUGGGAACAGGUAAGUUUAUAUUUAUCAUAGAUAGUCAUCCCAGGGAUAGCGGGACUUGUAAAAUGAGGUAGUUAUGUCAAGGUUAUCAAAAGCUGAAGAAAUAACAUAGCAGACACCUUCCUUCACAAGGCCCUUUCUGAAGACAUCUGUGCAAAUGCCCACCACUUCCAGGAAUCUUUUCUUAUAAUUUUGUUUAAGAAAGGAUCAUAUUCAGAUUCCUAUCCUUCCCCUUGCUAAUAGGGCAGGAGGUUUGCACUUUGGUUGAAUUUUCUAGGAGUUGGCUGUAGAAACAGACCUCAAAAGAAUAGACAUUUGAGGCAAUCAGUAGGCUUGUGCAGGAUACACAGGGCUCUGUCUGGGCUCGUUAGUCUGCUAAUGUGGCUCUGAUCACAGAUUAGUGGGGGAAAAGCUCCUGUGGUGCUCUGCUUCACUUGGUGGCAAGGCUCCAUGGUUGUCACUGGGGGCAGACGGGUGCCAAGCCAGCAGACACCUUUCCUUUUGCGUGAUGGUUGGGUUUCUGCCAUUGUAAUCAGGGCUGGAGUUCAGGACACAACUUUAUUUGUCUGCAAGGCCAUGUGAUAGCUGAGGAAAUGAGGAGGAAAUGGCUGAAGGUCUGGAUUCUGCCUUUGGUUUCCUGCCAGUGGAGCUGGUGUAAGACUGGGGGCAGCAUAGUUAACCUUUGAGUGCCUCACUUUCUCCGCCCAAGGGAAUAGGGAUGCUCACCACCUCUGUACAGCCCCCUUGAGUCCUGUAGGAGAGCAGUGUUAUGUAAACUGCUGAGUUUUACCCAUACUAUCAUAUGUAGUGAAAAUAAAUGACUUCUGUCCGUAACACUGCAAGAAUUGCUUUUCCUAGCUCCAGUUCUCUUUGAUGACCUACUAUGUCCUGGGCAGUCGGUUUUAAAGCUUAGCAAUUGCUCUAAUACUUAGAAUUACACACAUAGCAGGCUCUGUUUGCUGCAGAAAAGAGUAAAACUUUAAACAGCCUGACAAAACUUGCCAAUGAAGUAUAUUUAACAGAGCAGGGGUGUAACUUUUGGCUUUAUUUACUUGUAAUAAUGGUAAGGAACAGUGAAUUUUGUUUGUUUACAUACUGUUUACAAUGGCACAGUUUUAUUUUUAAUAUAUAAAACAAUUGAGGUAUUUAUUGCAUAUACUAUUUUAAAGAUGUUUUAUGUGUUUUCACCUUUGGAAUAUAUUGUUACAUUUCCUUGUACAGAUAAUUUGGGUGGCUUUGUUAAUAUAGUUAGUAAUUUUUAUGACUACUAAGUGACCAGUUUUCUGUGCCUUUUUAUUGUUGGAUGCAUGAUUACAUAUUUAUUAUUGUAUGGAAGUCACUGAGAUGUGUAUUUUUGUAUUCUGCUGGAAGCAAUGGUUGAUUUUAUUGUACAUGAUAAGAGAUGCCUUCCAUAACAGGCACUCGUAUGAGAUCUUCCUUCUCAAAUAAACAGAAUGCAUUCAAUGUA